GGGCAGUGUCCUCCAUGGCGUUGCCGGGCAACUUCCUCUGCUGCCUGCUGGUUGCCUGGCUCUGCGAUCCGGGGCUCGGGGUGCCCUUGGCGCCCGCGUAUGGCGCCCCAGCUGUGGGGCAAUUUUGGCACGUGACUGACUUACAUCUAGACCCUACUUACCACAUUACAGAUGACCAUACCAAAGUCUGUGCUUCAUCUAAAGGUGCAAAUGUCUCCAAUCCCGGCCCUUUUGGAGAUGUCCUGUGUGACUCUCCAUAUCAACUUAUUUUAUCAGCCUUUGAUUUUAUUAAGAAUUCAGGACAAGAAGCAUCUUUCAUGAUAUGGACAGGGGACAGCCCACCUCAUGUCCCAGUACGUGAACUGUCCACAGGCUCUGUUAUAGAGGUGAUCACUAACAUGACAGUGACUGUCCAGAACCUGUUUCCAAACCUCCAGGUUUUCCCUGCACUGGGCAAUCAUGACUACUGGCCACAGGACCAGCUGCCAAUAGCCACCAGUAAGGUCUACAGUGCUGUCAGUGACCUCUGGAAACCCUGGCUUGAUGAAGAAGCUAUUAGCACUUUAAGGAAAGGUGGUUUUUACUCACAGAAAGUUGCAAGUAAUCCAGACUUGAGGAUCAUUAGCCUAAACACAAACUUGUACUAUGGCCCAAAUAUCAUGACCCUGAACAAGACAGACCCAGCAAAUCAGUUUGAAUGGCUGGAAAAUACACUCAACAGCUCUCUGCGAAAUAAGGAGAAGGUAUACGUCAUAGCACAUGUGCCAGUGGGCUAUCUCCCUUAUGCAACCAAGACCCCAGCAAUGAGGCAGUACUAUAAUGAGAAACUGGUUGAUAUUUUCAGAAGAUACAGCUCCGUUAUUGCCGGACAGUUCUAUGGCCACACCCAUAGAGACAGCCUUAUGGUCCUUUCAGAUAAAAACGGUAAUCCAAUAAAUUCUGUGUUUGUGGCACCUGCUGUUACACCAGUGAAAGGAGUUUUAGAAAAAGAGACCAACAAUCCUGGCGUCCGUCUGUUUCAGUACAAGCCUGGUGAUUACACACUGCUGGACAUGUUGCAGUAUUACUUGAACUUGACAGAAGCCAAUCUAAAAGGAGAAUCCAAUUGGACCCUGGAGUACACCUUGACUCAGGCCUAUGGUGUCGCAGACCUGCAGCCAAAGAGCUUACAUGGAUUAGCUCAGCAGCUUGCUACCAUAGACAGCAAGCAGUUCCUGAAAUACUACCAUUAUUUUUUUGUGAGUUAUGACAGCAGCGCACCUUGUGAUCAACGAUGUAAGACCUUACAGAUAUGUGCAAUUAUGAAUCUUGACCUUGUUUCCUAUGAGGAUUGCCUUAAACGACAUUUAUAAAGCAUAGUCACUGGUAUUCCAGUUGUGUUUGUAGGAAAAGCAGUCACAUCAUUGGUGCUCCUGUGAUCAGCUUGUGGAAUACUGAGGGCAUUGGAAAAGUUACUUUCUGUGCUGUGUUACUUGUGACGUUCAGAGGCAGACACCAGUAACAUUCAAAAUUAAUUUCACACGCUGUGUACCUUUAAACCGUUCAUUAAUGGAGUGGCAUUUGGACAUAAAUAUCUUGUCUUCCGACUUUAUGUAAUUAUACCUAAAGUAUAUGCUUGUAAAACUUGCCAUCUUUGCAAUAAAGCAGGUGACUUCUCUGUG